AUGGAACCGUUCUACUAUCUCAUCUUACUGGGAAUAUUCUUACCUGUGUGGGCCGUAUCGUAUUGGGUCGUGCCAUAUUUCACAACCUAUAAGCACCUGAAGCAGAUCCCCGGGCCAUUGAUUUGCAAGUUUAGCAACAUCUGGCUAGGCCUCGGUGCACGCAAGGGUCAGAAAUACGCAUGGGUUGACCAAGCUCAUCGGAAAUACGGCAAGAUAGUUCGGGUGGGAUUUAACCAUGUCUCAAUUGCUACGCCUGAAGGGCUGCAUACUGUCUAUGCACACGGAAACGGCUUCUUAAAAGAUGAAUUUUAUGAAGCCUUCGUUUCUGGGGUCCCUGGAGUUUUCAAUGUCCGUCACCGCGGGGAACACACGAGAAAACGCAAGAUCAUCGCCCAUGCAUUCUCCCCAGGUGCUGUGCACGAUUUCGAGCCGCACAUGAGCACAAAUCUGGAACGAUGGGUCCGCCAACUAGACAAUAUUGCAACUCAUCCAGAACCAGACGGCUUCUCGCGUAUGAAUAUGAUGCCGUGGUGUACAUUUCUGGCUUUCGACAUAAUCGGCGACCUCGCAUUUGGUGCCCCAUUCGGAAUGGUGUCUCGUGGCCGUGAUGAAUGUGAGGCAUCGCUUUCAGGAAAGCCUAUAACCUAUGUUCCGGGGGCCGAGACCCUCAAUCGAAGAGGAGAAGUCAGCUCAACUCUUGGGUUGCUCCCUGAAAUACGGCCUUUUGCAAAAUACCUUCCGGAUCCAUUCUUCACCAAAGGCUUGAGCUCUGUUGCAGACCUCCACGGCAUAGCUGAAAAUUCCGUUGCGAAGCGUCUCGAAGCAACCCAAAAAGGAUAUUCUGAGGGAAAGAAGAGAAACUACAUCCUGGAAAUGCUUUGCAAUGCCAAAGACUCCUCUGGGAACCCAAUUCCUCGUGCUGAGUUAGUCUCCGAGGCCCUGACACAGCUUAUUGCAGGCAGCGAUACGGUAUCCAAUACAGCAUGUGCUGUGAUAUACUGGAUCCUCAGCGGUGAGCGUUCUAAGCCCGGAAGCGUGGUCUCCAGGCUCCAGACAGAGCUCGACGCAGCUAUUCCCGCAGACUCAAAGAUUGCCGCUCAUUCUCAAGUCACGAACUUGAAGUUUCUUAGGCAAUGCAUUGAUGAGGGAAUGCGGCUGCACUCUACUUCGGCAAUCGGACUUCCGCGCAUCGUGACGGCUCCGCAUGGUGUAUCCUAUGGAGAGCAUCACUUCCCCGAAGGUACUGUUCUUUCUGUCCCUAGCUACUCUAUUCAUCAUGACGCAGACAUCUGGGGGCCAGAUGUGGAAGAAUUCAAGCCGGAUCGUUGGCUCAAGUUAACCCCGCGCCAAAAAGUCUCUUUCAAUCCAUUCUCAUAUGGACCUAGAGCGUGCGUGGGCCAAAAUAUUGCUCAUAUGGAAUUGGCAUUAAUUGUUGGCACGGCGUUCCAUCGGUACGACUUCAAACUUUAUCAGCCAAGGCUUGAGUCUCAUGAAGGAUUUUCGAAGAAACCAAUAGAAUGCUGGGUUGGAAUCAAAAAUCGACGGCAUGUGUAGGAGGAGUAGGGGAGUGAAUGUUAUAGCUGGAGGGUAAGUAACUAUGGAGAAGGGAAACGAUGACUGAAUGAGCCGCGUCUCAACGGAUGGUUCAACUUCAUCUUCGUCAGUCCGCUCUAGAAAACCAAAUAUG